AUGAAGCGGCUGGUCUUAGUACUGGUUUGCCUCCACUUGUCAGAGGGUUUAGAGAGACUCAUUCUGAGGAAAGGAAAAUCUGCUCGGGAGAACAUGCGUGAAAAAGGAGCACUGGAUGACUUUUUGAGGGACCAGCAUGUUGAUCCUGCAUUGAAAUACCACUGGAAUGAAUACAGCGUUGCUUAUGAGCCGAUGACCAAUUACUUGGAUUAUACUUACUUUGGAGAAAUCAGUAUAGGGACUCCACCACAGAACUUCCUAGUUGCUUUGGAUACUGGCUCUUCCACUCUGUGGGUACCUUCCAUAUAUUGUAAGACCAAAGCUUGUGAUAACCACAAUAUAUUUAACCCAAAUGCAUCGUCUACUUACACCAGAAAUGGAGAGACCUAUCUCCUGCGUUAUGGGAGUGGUGACUUGACUGUGAUGUUUGGCUAUGAUACUGUGCGGAUUCAGAACCUUGUUGUUCAGCACCAGGACUUUGGUCUCAGUUUGAAUGAGCCCACUAAUCCUUUCUACUAUGCCAAUUAUGAUGGGAUUUUGGGUUUAACAUAUCCUUCCCUGGAUCAAGCAGGGUCAUACACAGUCUUGCAACAGCUGCUGAGACAAAAGCAGAUUUCUGAACCCAUCUUCAGCUUCUAUUUCUCACGCCAACCAACUGUUCAGUAUGGAGGAGAACUGAUCCUGGGAGGUAUCGAUAAUCAACUGUUCUAUGGGGAAAUUUCCUGGGCACCUGUCACCAGUGGGCCUUACUGGCAGAUUGGUAUUGAGGAGUUUGCCAUCGGCAACAAGGCUACUGGAUGGUGCAGCCAAGGCUGCCAGGGAAUUGUGGACACUGGAACAGUGCUGCUUACAGUCCCGGGACAGUACUUAGUGAGUUUCCUUGAGGCUGUGGAAGCUCAAUACAAUGGAGCGUAUGAGGUAAAUUGUGACAACGUCCAGAACAUGCCCACCAUCACUUUUACCAUUAAUGGAAACCAGUUUGCACUGCCUCCUUCAGCCUAUGUUUCCAACAACAAGGGCUACUGUUAUGUUGCCGUUGAGCCCACGUACGUGCCUUCCCCAAAUGGGCAGCCUCUAUGGAUCCUGGGUGAUGUCUUCCUUAAGGAGUACUAUUCCAUCUUUGACAUGGGCAAUUACAGAGUGGGCUUUGCACCAUCAGCCUAG